AUGCUUAAUCCAGGUGCUACUCUUCCUGUAGUCAUUGACAAGAUGGUCUCAAAAUUCCACGGUCGCCUCCGGCAAUGGUGGAUCAGUCUUGGACAGUACCGACAAAUGCAAAUACGUCAGUCACCAUCAGUAAAUGCUCUAAUUGGUCACAUCCACAAUGAAUUUCUUGGUACAUGGGAUCACUACACCGUCCAGGCAAGAGAAGAAUAUCUGAAUAUGAGAUGUUCUUACAAGAGGAAGGAUUUGGAGAGACAUUAUGAAAGAAUGUCUACGAGAUUCUACGCUCUAAAUGGGGUAGAUGAUGUCAGUCUCAAGCAAGCCUACUUGAACUCGCUUCCAGAACCACUUGGAAAUGAGACUUCAAGGGUUUUGUCACUCAAUAAUAUGGCCCUUAACCAAGUAUCAUUGGGAGAGAUAUACCAGAUGUCGCUUGCAGCCUUGAAGAAAUUAUGCAACCAUCAAAAGUUCUUCAAAUAG